AUGGCUUUGGCGAAUGAGAGUACUCUCAGCAACAGUGCUAAGAAUACCAUCAAAGCAUGUGUGUUUUCUUUUGAAGAACACACCCUUGCCGAGAAACUGAUCAAAAUAUUGCAACCGUUUGAAAAAGCUACCACUAUAGUUUCUGCCAAAAAAAACCCAACACUCCAAAAAAUCAUGCCUAUCAUUAUCAAGAUUGAUAAUUGCAUGAAGACAAGUGAUGAUGAUCCUGAUGUCAUUAAGAAGGUGAAAGAUGUUAUCAGACAGCAAAUGGCAUACAGAACCAGUGGUGACAAAGAGCUGAUAUCCAUGGCAUGCGUAUUGAACCCUUUUGCAAAGGACCUUGAAUUCCUCAGUGCUGAGGACCGGGCAUUUGCGCAUGACCUUCUUCUUAAGCAAGCUGGGGGUGUGAACAUUGCCAGCAUUAACAUGAUUAAGAAGGAACCAGGUACAGAGGACGUUCUCCCACACUUGACAAACCUUGGCAUACAUGAUGAGGAUGGUAAGGUCAUAUCUGUGGAGGAGGACAUUUCACUUACACUUUCACCUGCAAAGCGAAUUUGUCCAGCAGCAGACAUGGAUGAGUGGUUGGAGGAUGUAUUGUGUACAGGUGAAACUGUCAAGCCAAGAGAAGAUGUAGUCUUUCAAGAGGUAGCAAGGUAUCUUGGCUCAGCUCACACAGACAGGCAGUUAACCCUUUUAGAUUGGUGGAAGAAAAAUGCUCAGUAUUUUCCUCGCAUAAGUGGCUUGGCAAGAAAGUAUUUGGCUAUACCAGCAUCCUCAGUCCCAUCUGAGAGGGUGUUUAGCUUGGCAGGUAAUCUCGUCAACAAAAAGAGAGCAAGACUCAGCCCUAACAACAUUGACUUGCUUGUAUUCUUGCGAAAAAACAUGGAACUGUAUUGGUAA